UUUUCUGGAUGAUGUGCGCAGGAAAAGGGCGUUGUGGAGACUCCCUCAUUCAUUCGCUGUCAAACACAAGAACGGCUGUGACCUCCUCACAGGAGAGAAGGAGAGAAGAACGAAAAGGGGGGCGUUUAUUUUUCAUUUGCGUGCUGGCUGCCUGGAUCUGCGCGCACCGAGGGCGGACGCUGCGCUACGCUCCAAAGACUUGAGAGAUAAACAUCGUCUUUGAAGACUUGCCAAACAUUUCAGAUGUUUAUUUGCCCAUGAACAAGUUCAAUUAGAAGUGAGCCUGAUUGUAUAUCCACAGUGAAAUCACAAACCGCAUCACAGGGCAACGCGUAACUGUCUGGACAUGGAUAAGUUGUUCCGAGCUGCGAUCAUGGGUCCACCAGGAUCCGGAAAAGGAACGAUAUCCAAGAGGAUCGCGCAAAGUUUUGGGCUCCAGUAUCUGUCCAGUGGUCACUUUCUGCGGGAGUGCAUUGCAGCGAACACAGAACCAGGUCUGCAGGUGAAGACCUACGUGGAGAGAGGAAUGCUGGUACCAGAUCUCGUGAUGACCCGACUGAUGCUGCCCCGACUGGAGGAGCUGAGUGGCCACAGUUGGCUACUGGACGGUUUUCCUCGGACACUCUCGCAGGCUCAGGCCUUGAACAGCUUGUACCAGUUGGACCUAGUCAUCAGCCUCAAUAUCCCCUUCGAGACCCUGAAGGACCGACUGAGUGACCGCUGGAUUCACCCGGAAAGUGGGCGAGUGUAUAACAUGGGAUUCAACCCUCCGCGAGUGCAGGGGAAGGAUGAUAUCACCGGGGAACCAUUGAUUCAGCACGACGACGACAAACCGGAGGCCCUGAUGGCUAGACUGAGACACUACAAAGACGUAGCCAAACCUGUCAUCGACAUGUACAAGUCACAAGGAAUCCUGCAUUCUUUCUCGGGCACCGAAACGGACCGUAUUUGGCCUUACAUCAACUCUCUUCUCAGCAGCAAGAUGCAGGCACAGCCUUCUGAUGUUUGCCAGCCACAGACACCCUGAGUCACUCUCCUCCUUGAUAAUGGGUUCAUUAUUUGUGCUUCCUUGAAAGGUUUGACAUAGAAUGGGGUGGCUGUGUAUAUACAUGUCUGAGGUCAAAUUUAGUUACUGUUGUGUACAUCUUGUCUGAUCUGAAGAGCUCUGCAAAUAAUAACAAGCUAUCUAGCAUUCAUGUUGUUCAGUUUGGUCUUGCUGUUGCAGCAGAGGGGAAUCUCAAUGAAAUCUUUUCAAAAGUAGCUCAGUUUCACAUACCUCCUUGUUUAAUUCUGCUGGUGCUUCUUUGCAUCUGGCAUCCGAAACAGCCUACACCAGGUGACAGGUGGCAUGGCAUCAAUAACGUGGGAGACAGUGUUUAAUAAGCACAAUCAGUUUAAAUUUAAUAUCUUGAAGAAGCAGUUGAAGAAGCUGACACUGCAACAAAACAAUCAUUAUGCCGGUGGUUUAAAAUUAAAUAUAUAGGCAAACACAUUAACAACAUCAUGAGUCUGUUAACAGGUGCUAACAUGAAAUUUAAGUAUGUUUUUGUUUUGGUUUUUUUUUUAUUAUUUGAGACCAGUUACCUAAUAAGGAAACAAACAAAAACAAAAAAUGUUUGAUGUACAUUCAGUUAUUUUAAUAUUGUUACAACUUUACAAAAAUGUUACAAUGACAUUUUAAUUAAUCAUAAUCAUAGUUAGCGCUACAAAAUAGUAAAUAUGGAAGUUCAUUUUGUAUUUUCCAACUGAUUGAGUCAUUUUGCUAUAUUUGAAUUGAUGAACUUUUGUAAUUAUUAUGGUAUUUUGGUGAUUAACAAAAAUGUAUACAUGGCCACUAUAUCUUAUAAAAAAAGACAAUUAAUUAAAAGACAGUCGUUUAUAAGGCAAGACUACGAUUGAAAAAAAAAUGUAAUGAUUUCUCGAGACAACUCUUAGGAGAAACUGGCCAUUAAAUUUCACAUUUGCAAAACAAUUGCAUGCAUACUAAAGAAGCAAAACUUGUAAUGUAUUUUUUAGUGUGAUGUACUUGUUUUUUCAAUUCAAUCAAAUAUUGAAAUGUCUAAAAUCAAUCAUGUGAUUCAACAAUUUAAGAAGAAUAUAAUAAUAAUAAUAAUAAUAAUAAUAAUAAUAAUAAUAAUAAUAAUAAUAAUAAUAAUAAUAAUAAUAAUAAUAAUAAUAAUAAUGGGCAAAAACAAUAGAAAAGUAGAGAUGAUGAACAAACCAAAACUCAUUUGUGAACAGUGUUUUGACAGAUGUAUCAAACCCAAAUUUCCUCGGAGAGAGGCUCAACCUCACUUGGAAAGCUGUGCUUGGGCUUUUAGCUGGGAUCACUACCAAUACACAGGAUGUGUUUAGUGCCUUUACUGUUCUACUUCAGUUAAGCAACAUUAAGUCCAAGUUGUUUUGGAAAACCUUUCUCCUGGGAGAAUGGUGGGAUGAUGUUGAGCUUACUUGUGUUCAUAUGUAUGUGUGAGCUUGUGAAACACAUAUGUAUUGCGAGCAGUGAUGAAUGUGAGGAGCAGCCGUUAGAGAGUUACUGGAAGUGGAAAUGAUGACACACUAAACUGCUGUGUUGGCACUGUGGCUGUUGUUAUGUUUUUUGAAAUGUGGCUGUUGAGCUCACUGAUUAAAAAUGUUAAAAUUUCA